AUUGUAUUGAGAGUUAGCCGCUCUGGCACAAUGUAAUAUUGUUGAGGCAGUUCUUAGUACAAGUUUGAAUGAUUCGUUCCGUAAGUCGAUCAUAGUAACUAUUCGUCUUUGGAAAGCUGAUCCAGCUAUACAGUGUGGUAGAGCGCUGCGCAAGCUCGAUAAUUGUGAAAAAUAUUUAAUUUAAACUGUACCAGAUCAAAAUAACCUCUGUAAUAAAGUUGUGAUUGUGAUUUGUAAUUGAUUCAGAUUAGGUACAGUGUUAUAUAAAUCUGUUCGCUAAUCUAGUGCGAUAGCAUCAAACAACACGCAACGACCUUGAUGACGUCGGUGUUUGCUGUUUGGGGAAUAAAGUAUGCCGUGUAACUGCAAAUUUGAUAUUUCGAACGGGGGGCCGCUGCAGCCCUCCGGGUGCGAACGGCACCGGGUCCCUACUGAGCGCAAUGGACACCACCAGCCCCACAGAAGAACUUUUGAUGAGCCCGAAGAUAAUCGAUCCCUCGACGUUAUGCCGAUCGAUCGAUCACAAGAGAACGACGACGAAGUGGAUCUCUCCGUUAGAUAUCCAGAUGGGUCGGUACGCCUGCGAAACCCAAACAUCGAGCUUAUGGACCAGGACAUACUGUACCACUUGGCGCUGGGCAGCGGCUCUCACGAUCUCGUUGAGAUGUUCGGAGACGUGAAGUUCGUAUGUAUGGGUGGCACGCCCAAGCGCAUGGAACAAUUUGCCUACACCAUAAUGGCGGAGAUCGGGCACAAGCUGCCGUGUGGGACCACCCUGCAGGACAUCAGCCAAUUCUCGUACAGGUACUCCAUGUACAAAGUGGGACCUGUCCUCUCUAUAAGUCACGGCAUGGGCAUACCGUCAGUGGGCAUCCUGCUGCACGAGAUCAUCAAGCUCAUGUACCACGCCAAGGUGCGCGACCCGGUGUUCUUCCGCAUCGGCACCUGCGGCGGCAUCGGCUACGAGGGCGGCACUGUCAUCAUCUCUGAAGAAGCCGUCGAUGGUGCUCUCAAAAAUGCUUACGAGUUGACGGUGUUGGGCAAAACGAUUCAGCGCCCUGCCAAGCUGGACAAACGACUGGCGCGAGAGUUAAAGGGCCUGGCAGACCCUGAGGACCCAUAUGACACGGUCACCGGCAAAACGAUGUGCACUUACGACUUUUACGAAGGGCAAGGUCGUCUGGAUGGCGCGUUCUGCGACUUCACCGAAGCGGACAAAAUGGAGUAUCUUGAAAGCAUACACAAGUCGGGUGUCGUGAACAUUGAGAUGGAGUCUCUGGCGUUCGCCGCACUCACCCAUCACGCGGGCAUCAAAGCCGCCGUCGUCUGCGUCACGCUGCUCGACAGGCUCAAGGGAGAUCAGGUACUGGCACCCAAAGAAGUGUUGGAUGAGUGGCAGCAACGUCCCACAAAACUGGUUUGCCGUUACAUCAAAAGAUAUUUGCAGAUGAAGGGCCGAUUAUCACUGGACGGUCACGGCUCGGUGGCUGUGAAGAGCCCUCGGCGGUUCAAGCUGGUGCAGCAGGAGUCGGAGACCUACGACUAAUUCGUACAACGCUUUAUCACGACGCGACGAACAAACGUCAAGGGGAGAUAGGAUUACGGGGGAUGCUUUAUUAUUAUGUUGCAAAAUGUUUUCAGGCGAAAAAUUUUAUACUGGGUGUCCCAAAAACUACGUCGAGCAAAGUCUAGAAGUAGACUAGACACGUCUAGGAAUACCCGAAUCUCCUCUCAGCAUCUCCUAGUUAUCGAAUUAUGAAUUACUUACAUGUGUUGAUAAAAUUGAUGACUGUGAUUUGGUACUCUACAUCUGAGCUAUCACUUGACGUAAUUUAUCUUGACACCCUAUAAAAAGCUUCAUAAUUAAAUUUUGAUCGAAAUUAACGUUCUGUGCAAUGGUGAUCGAAUGUCGUGUCACCAAUAUUAUUAUAUUACUUCAUUGGAUAGCAAUUUACUAUAGCCCCGUAUCGUAUUCCUAUCCUCGGUGAAGGGCCUAUCCGCAGGCUUAUCGGCCAGCUAUGCUGCUUAGCCGGCCCUGGAAGCCAUACUAUGAGUACCUAGUCGACGUUUGCGUCAACAUCGACCAAUCGAUAUGAGUAUUAAUUAGUAGCUCGGUUUAUGUAAGCACAUUUUAUAAACUGUUGAUUACAUGAUUGUUCUUAAAGCACACGAAUGUUUGCAGUUAGCAUUAUCAUUUUUUUGUUAGUAAAAACAUUGAACACGUUCUGUUUGAUUGUAAUAAUUAUUCUAUUCUGAGAAUUGUAUUAGUUUUUAUUACCAAAGUGGUUGUAGGUAAAGCAUCGGAUACAAUCAACGAAGUCUAUUUGGAAAAGUUAACACGCUUUACUCGUUUAUUAUUUAAUGUUUACUAGACAUUAAGUAUAUUUUUAUUUUGUGUUCCUUUCAUCAGUAUAUCAAACAUGAAAUAUGAAAAAUGUUUGGCACUUUGUGCGUGUUUGAUAAAAAUACAUUAAAGGUGUCUCUAUUAAAUUGAUUGACAUCUACGCAACAGAAUUAAAUUAAUCAUUUUCAUUUAUUUGAACGAUGUUAAUAAAAGUGUUUUGAUCACCAAACAAAGCAAGAACAAUCAAAUCUAAUUAUUUAUGCAUCACUGCCGUAUCUACAGUACCUACGAGUAGUAGUGGGAACGUUUUGAAAUGUUUACAAAAAUUGUUUAUCGUUACAUUUUCAUUGUGAUUGUACUUCACUAAGUUACUGUAAUGAAAUCAUGUGCAUGGCCUUUGCAGUUUGCUUUAGGCAUAUUUAGCUAACAUUAAAAUAAUGGAAAUUGUUGUUGUCACGUUAUUGAAUUUAGUGAGAGAUGAUGAUGGCGCUGUCAUCGUCACUAGGUGAUUGUCACAAAUAUAAUUAGAUCCAUGAUUUGAUCAACGAAAAAAUAAUGUAUAAGUUUGAUCCGUAGUCAUUUGGAUAUAAUGUCACGUUUAUUUACUUUACAAUUAAUAAUUUAAUCAUUAUGUGGGGAUCAUUUAAUUUCUAUCUUUUAGAUGAAAACAUUAUCAGAACGUGUGAUGCUCUUAUUGACCAGUGCAAGUCUCGUAAAAUUUGCAGCGCAUGCCGACGUGCAUCCAUAAAUACAAAUAUAUAAAAUAUUGCAUGACACUACUUAUAUUUACAGAUCAUAUAAAACAUAUCUAUCCAAAAAUCUGCAGAGACAGGCAAUCAGUUUGUUUCAUAAUAACAUAUCGUAUAAGUACGAAAUUUUUUAUAAAGUGAAUAUCUCCAGUGUUUCGAAUGAUUUUUCUGUAAACAAGUUAUUUAAAGAGCGUUUGAGAAGUACCAAUUUUAUUAUAAAAAUCAAUUUAGUACAUCAAUAACAAAGUGAUCAGUUGUUUUACUAAAAAAAAACCUUAUUACUUUAUAAUGGCAAAAUGAUUUCGUUUGCAUCUAAAGUCUGAAAAAUGAUAUCAAAGUGAUAUUAAUACAUACCAAGUGUAUUUGAAAUAUUGUAAACAAUUUUCUUUAUAAUAGUGUAGUGAAAUAAUAUUUUUGAUAAUUGUUGGAGCAAAAUAAGUAGUAUUAUUUAUUAACUUUACAUUUGUUUCACAAGUUUGUGGGUAAUUUUAUGGAGUCUUAAACGACACCUGCAGUCUGCAUCGUCUGCAUGUAAGAUCAUGAUUUUGAUAAAUAUUUUAAAUACGAGUAUGUUUAGAAACCACCAGUAGGUUGACGUUAUUGAUGAUACACAUUGUAAAAAAUAUACAAUUUACAAGA